CCCGCGGAAAGGCUGGGCGGAUGUCGAGUAACGUGACGGGGCCGCGGGCGUCGCCGGGAUGUGUAGUCCUCAGGAGUCCGGGAUGAACGCCGUGGGCGCGAGGAUGGUGACCCGCAGCCGUAGCCGGGGACCCGGAGCUGGACUGCGGCGGGGUGGCGAAGAGGGCGCGCCCCUCCGGAGCGUAGAGGCGGCUGCAGAAGGAAGGAAAAGCCACAGCUCUGUGAAACGUCAGCGGAAGACACAAAGACUGAACGUGGCCUACGAGGCCUCAGAAGGUGAGACAGGAGAGGGGGCCGAGCAUCUCCAGGCACCAGGCUGGGAGCCUCGGGACUGGCAGCAGCAGCUGGAGAACAUCCGAACCAUGAGGAGUGGGAAGGACGCACCUGUGGACCAGCUGGGGGCUGAGCACUGCUAUGACCUUAGCGCACCCCCAAAGGUGCGGAGGUACCAGGUGCUGCUCUCACUGAUGCUCUCCAGCCAGACUAAAGACCAGGUGACAGCGGGCGCCAUGCAGCGGCUGCGGGCCCGGGGCCUGACGGUGGACAGCAUCCUGCAGACAGAUGAUAGCACACUGGGCACGCUCAUCUAUCCCGUGGGCUUCUGGAGGAACAAAGUGAAGUACAUCAAGCAGACCAGUGCUAUUCUGCAGCAGCGUUAUGGCGGGGACAUCCCAGCCUCCGUGGCAGAGCUGGUGGCACUGCCAGGCGUCGGGCCCAAGAUGGCACACUUGGCCAUGGCUGUGGCCUGGGGCACCGUGUCAGGCAUUGCAGCGGUGGACACACAUGUGCACAGAAUCGCCAACCGCCUCAAGUGGACCAAGAAGGCAACGAAGUCCCCAGAGGCGACCCGUACCGCACUGGAGGAGUGGCUGCCCAGGGAGCUGUGGAGUGAGAUCAACGGAUUGCUGGUGGGCUUCGGCCAGCAGACUUGCCUGCCCGUCCACCCGCGCUGCCAGGCCUGCCUCAACCGGGCCCUGUGCCCGGCUGCACGGGGACUCUGAGGGCCAUGGGGCCUCUGCCUGGGCGCCACUUUGGCUACUAUCUGUUCUGUGCCUUUGCUGGGGAGCCACAGCCUGUUUAUAAUAAAGCUUGGGGGUUGUUUGCA